GAUGCAGUUUUUUUUAAAGGAAUAUUUACGAUCUACUCUUGUAAUACUUUUGUUGAAGCUGAAGCGUAUAAAAGGCAAUUCGAAAUGAUUGCAAAAUUAAGAAGUGCUCAAAACAUGAAACUGUUCAUAGCUUGUUUGGCUUUGGCCAUUGCUGCCACCUCAGCAGCUCCUAGUGCAACCAUUAUGCAUCCCAUGGAUCUGCCAAAGACCAGCAACCAGAUCGAGGGGCGCAUUACCAACGGAGUUAACGCCUAUGAGGGUCAAGCACCCUGGACUGUGGGUCUGAGCAUCAAUGUGCCUGGUGGCACCACGUUUUGCGGUGGUUCCAUCAUCGGACACAACUGGGUCCUGACUGCCGAGCACUGCACUGGUAGCGCCGAAUCCAUCACUGUUCAUUUUGGAGCCACCUGGCGCACCAACUCCGUGUUCACCCACUGGGUUACCCGGAACGAUAUCAUCAAUCACGAAGCCGCAGACAUCUCUCUGAUCCGCAUCCCCCAUGUGGACUUCUGGCACCAGGUCAACAAGGUGGAGCUGCCCAGCUUCAACGAGCGCUAUAAUGAUUACAAUGGCUAUUGGACCUUUGCCUGCGGCUGGGGAAAAUUUCAUGACAACAGUGGCCUGCCCGAUUGGAUGCAGUGCGUCGAUCUCCAGGUCAUGCACAACUCCGAGUGCGCCCAGACUUACGGUUGGGGUACUGUCGGCGAUCACAUCCUCUGUGUGAGGACACCCGAAGGCAAGUCCACGUGCAGCGGUGACUCUGGUGGCCCACUGGUUAUACACGAAGGCAAGAAACUGGUCGGUGUUACCAACUGGGUGUCUAGUGCCGGCUGCCAAUCAGGCCAUCCAUCUGGAUUCCAGCGUGUCACCUAUCACUUGGACUGGAUCCAGCACCACACUGGCAUCGCAUACUACUGAGCCAUAAAUUGACAAUGUUUUGAAAAUUCAAAUAAAUUGCAUGCAGAAUAUAGAAA